CCCAGGGAGGGACCCCCGCGACUCCUGCUCGGGAUGUCGGCGCGGCCGCCAGGCGGGCCCGCAGCCGGAGGGGAGGGAGCCGGCGCAGCUCCCCGCCCGGCCCGGCCGAGACGCCCCCGAGGCGAGCUUGGCGGCCCUCACCAUGAUGCCGCGGGACAGAGACGCUCGGCCGCCGCGUCUCCAGGCAACCGUCACCCAAACCUCGCGAGAAGCGCGGGCCGCGCAGCCGCCCCUGACGACCGCCCUGGCAACGGGGCGGGGCCGCCGUGGCUCCCGCGCUCGCGGGCUGGGCGGAGGGGAGGGGGCGGCCUCGGCCGGGAUUGGGCCCCGCUACCCCAGUCCCGGCCUUGGAGGGGGCUCCGCUCGGGAAGUGCCCGCAAAGCGGGAUCAGCCCCUCCCCCACAUUGUGCUUAACCAGAAGAAGGCACUCCUGUCCACGUACAGAGUGCCACUUGGCCUGCAGUGUCGGUGCCCGAUUCGAGCGUUGGGCAGCCCCGGCUCCCCCUCUGCCCGGGCCCGGCAGCGACCCGGCUGCGGGAGCGGCAAAGCCUCGGGGGCACCGCGUGCUCCCAGGAGGGCUCGGCGCUUUUGAGCAGCGGCUCCCGCGCGGAGCAGGCGAGGCGCGCCGGUCUCGGUCGCGGGAGGCGCAUCUGCAGCUCCGCCCCGCCAGGCCGGUCCCCCGAAGAGCCGCCACGCUGCCCUCUCCCGAGCAGACGGCGGGUCGGUGUCCGGAGAGAAGGCGGGCGCCAGGCUCGGCCAGGCUCGCCCCCGGGCUGUUCGCUGCAUGCCGGAGGCCGGGGGAGCAUCGCGCCCUUCCGUCCGCAGGCACGCGGGUGACACCCUGAGCCGUGGCACUCGGCUUGUGCUCAGACGAGCCCUCGCCCUCCUGAGGUCAAGAGAGGCGACUGCUCGGUUCCGAUGCCCGCCCGCGGCUCGCCCCGCCCGGCGUCUCCUCCCCUUGCCCUGCGCCGCUCGACGGCUCCCUGCCUCCUCCGGGCUGUAAUGCGGCGGCGGCGGCGGCCGGGCGCGCUCGCCCCCCCUCCCCGCCCUGCGCCCUCCCCCGCGCCGGGCCCGCUCCUCCCCGCCAGCGAAGUGCGCUCAGGCGGCGGCGGCUGCAGUGGUGGCGGCGGCGCGGAGGGAGGCGGAAGCGGCGCAGCGAGCAUCUGGUGCAGCCGGGACGGAUGGAGACGCCGGGAGGGGCCGCCCCGCCGGGUGAGUGACUCGGCCGGCGCGGAAGGCGAGGCGCGUCUGGAGGCGGCUGGCGGCGCGGACGGGCAACUGUUGCUCGAAGGGGCUGCCAGAUGGGGAGCCCUGGCGGGGCCCAGAGGGUCGGCCCGACGCUGCGGCGAGGGAUGCGCCGGGAGGGGGAGCGUUCCCCGUUCGGUGGACAAAAGGCUUUCUGCCCUCGGGGAAGGACAGGGCUGCUGAAACCGAGGCGGCUCCAAAGAGCUAAGGCGGCUUCGGCAAAUAAGCCUCCCCACCACCUCCCCCGUCGGUCUUUAGUCUUUAGGCGCUGGAGGCUAGAGACGCGGCGGAGCUCGUGGCCGCGUUUAAGCCAAAGGGAACUGAGUUGCCCGAGGGGCGGCAAGGCAAGUUGUGGCCUCUGGGGAUGCCUGGAGCACGCAGUGGGGUGUGACUGGAAUGCCCUUGGACUCCUAUCGCUAAAAAGCAUGUGUGAAUGUGCGCGAGGAAGGAAGCGUGCCUUUUGGGGGGUCGGUACCUGCUACCACUCACAAAAGCUUCUAGAGCUUUGGGUGUAUUGCAGCCUUGGUUUCAAGAGCUUACAUGCCUGGGUGCCCUGAUCCAGGCGGGGUGUUUGUUUUUACCAUCCUGGAAACUUCCAAAUUCCAAAGGGGGCAGUGACUUGACGGGAUUGAUCAGUGAUCCCCAAAAUUCAGUGCCACCCCCCCCCAAACUGAUGGUUGUAGGGAAGGGCUGCCAGUUUGGCAGAUUCAGCCUGGGUGAUUUGGACCUCAGCGGAAGCUGCCGGGCCCAGCCCCCUCUUCCCUUGCUGUGCCAGCCUGCAGCCCUGAGCCAGGCCCGGCUGAGGUCCUAUAACGUGAGUCAGCAGCAGCGGUCCUGGGGGUGGCGGUGAGAGUCUUCCAAGCCCCGUUUUGACUCAGGGCGGCUGCUGGAUCAGAGAAAACCAGGGAGGAGGUGGAGGUGGGGGGGGGAGCAGCCUGCUCUGUGCCCAGGGAGGGGCUGCUGGAGGCAGGUGGAAGUGUAAAGGGGACCUGAGAGGGUUGGAAGGCAGCCCGGCUGAGAAAGGGCUUCUACCAAGCAGCUCUCCAGCCAGAGCAGCUCACAAGCCUUGAACUCUCUGAACUGACUGCAUCCCUCCAGUCUUGUCCAGUCUCAGCUGCAGCAUCUCCAGGCCACACAGCUGACCUUUCUGCUUUCCGUGCUGCAAAUUUCCCACCUGCCAAAAGAAACAGGCGAGAUCCAAGAAGGUUGACUGAGUGUCUCCUUGUUCUGAGAACUCUUUCCAGCCCUCCCAGAAAGAAGUGGCCCCUCUGAGCAGCUACUUCAGGAUGGGGGGACCCGUGGUUGGCUCUUCGUGCAGGCGAACUGCUUGCUCUAGGCAGAGACACCCCAGCUAGAAAAGGGAGCCAGGCCAAGCGUGAAAGUGGAUCAGCAGAAUUAGAGAGAAGGCAGACAGAGUUUCAAAUGGGAAACGAAAGUAAUCCACCGGGAGGAAUUGGCGGUCCAGUCCUUUAGGGGAACCAUUGGGGCCAAGUAUGGAGAGCUGUGACCCUUAUUGGGCUGCUUGAAAUGCAGACCCUGAAGGGUGCUUGGCCUGCUGGAGGUGGCAGGGCUUGAGCUGCCUCCUCUGCCUCACAGGACCCCUGAGCCCAGCUCCACCCCUCCCCCAAGGCAGAGUGGUCCCCAGCAUGUUGCCCCCAGAGCGCCCAAGGGAUGGGUGUGAUCUCUGCUGGAGGAACUGAGCAGGGCGUGGGCUUGUCAGAGGGAGAUUCCCAACUUCCUGGGGGCACCCUGGUCCCAGCCCUCUGGGUGCAGCUCCUGUGCAUGAAAUCAGUCCUGCUGCAGAACAGGAAUAGCCACACCAGCGUGGCAGACUGUGGUGGGUCGGAGGGAGGCAGCCGUAUGCUCCUGCCUUUACUGAGCGUGUCUGGCCAAAUGCUGGAGGCGGAGGAGUGGAUAGGCAGCCCUGGGGAGGAGGAGGGCAUUUACGAGGGCCCUCAGGCCAGCAACAUCUUAGGGAUCCUGCUGAAAUGGCCACCACCAGACAUCGUCAGGUUGCCCUUGCAGAGCUGCGGGGCCGUCCCAGUGCUCCUUUCCAUCGGUGGUGGGCACAUGACUUACGGGAAGGGGCAGGCAGACCCUGCUUGAAAGGGGCUUCUGGCUGACUUCUGAGGCCGUCGGUCUCUUCCCAGAAGCAGCCAAGUGGACAACAGGCUCUCAAACCCCCCCCCCCCCAAGCAAAAAGGCCAGAUGAAGAGGGGCAGAAAAGAGGCCUUCAGAAAGGGAGAUGCUUCCAAGCUCAACUCUUUUUGCAAGCUGGUCAUGCUGGCCUCAGCCUGCUGAGACCCAGAAGUAUCCCAGUAUAUUCACCUCUCCUUUGCGACUUUCCCACACUCUGCUUGUUAAAAACCUGGGCAUGAAUAAUUCAGGACUUUGAGGUCUGGGUGCUGUUUUUCUCCCUUCUGCCUGGCUUCCCCUCCCUCUCCUCCCCAUAUAUAAAGCUGGGAUGUUCCCCAGGAACCCACAGCAGCAGCAGCCUGCCCCUUGCCAGCACCCCAGCUGGCUCUAGGAGCCAAAUCAGUUUGUGGGUUGCAAGAGCUGGAAGUCUCUUGUGCUGCCAUAAAAGGCCAGGACCAGUAAGGAGGUUUUGGCCAUGGCUUGUGGCUCCACUCGGGUUCCAUCUUUAAAUUCUUCCCCUAAAUUUGUUCCUGCAGGUGUUCAGCCCGGCCUCCUGUCACCUUGUUCUCAGCCGCAGGAGGGUGGAGAGGAAACCCAAGGCCGCCCCACCUCUUGGCUUGUUUUCUGCUCUCGAGGCUUGUGCCAGGCGUCGGUCCUCUCGGCUGACCCCCUUCCAGGGUGCAACUGCCCUCAAAUGGAUUUGCCUCCCAAGGGUCCCUCAGACCUUUGGGGGAGAUACGUUUGGGGACAGUCUCAGGCUUCUGCAGACGAGCAAAUGGGGUAUCUGAGCAAGAAGCAGCCGUGAGGACCUGCUGAGGGAGGGCUGUGGGUCAAAGCUCUUGCCUGGUGCACCCGCUUGUGCAGGCAAUCACAUCCAUUCACAUCCAGACACAAGUAGCUACACCUCCCCUCACUCAUUUUCUGCUUGCAGAGUUUAAACUCCCCCCUUGCUGCAACUCCCCUUCCCUGCUAACUGGCAACAGUGAUGGAAAAGGACAACCUGGGUGAUCCAGAUGGCAUUCCGUCAGGGAAGAGGGUGCCCGAGGAGAGCCAGGCUUGCAAGGCUCCUUCCAGAAUGCAGCCAGGGCAGGACCACUGCAUGGCCUGAAGUGCCUUCUCUGAGAUGGCUCAGUUCCUUCCCCCUUAGAGACACCCCCCCCCCCAUGGUUCAUUGGAGCAGACACUGCUGGCAAUUCAAUGGCAGGCAGGUGUCCUCAGAAAGGCAGCUGCAGAGAGAGGCCCCUGUGCAGUCAGGCUUGCUGCCGCUCUCCCAGGGCACCUCCAGGAGGCCGAGCCUCCCCCCCUGCAGAGGGGUAGAGCGUUACUGAGGCAUACCAGGCAAAAAGCCAGCUCUGGGGCCCCAUUUGCCUCUCCCUCCCCAGGACAGAUCAGCCUUUGUCUUCUUACCACCUGCUCCAAAAGAAGCCGGCCUGUUGUCUCUGCAGGCGCGAGGCUGGGUGCCAGGGUGGAGUCUUAGGUUCCUGGUACCCCACAGCUGCUGCUCAUCAGCUCUGCAGACGCCCGUCUGGAGGGCUCUUCUGAGGUGGGGGGUGCUGACUGCACAAACAGCCAGCGGUCAGGAAAUGGCCCUCCUGGGAGGGGGUGGACUCGGGCUGAGCAGGCAGGAAUUGCCCAGCCGAAGCGGCCAUCGGUGGCAGAGCAGCCCCUCUGCAACCCACGCCCAAGGCCCCCCUUCGCCAACAGGGAAGAGGCCAGGGGAGGGGGCCUUUACGGGGGGGGGGGUUGUGGUCAGUCCCCUGAGUGGCGCUAGGAGCCUUCCUCCUCCAGGUGGCUCCCGCUGGACAGGCAAGGAGCCAUGGCUGAAGCUGGUGAAGUGCCACCCUUCCCUGGUGAACUAGGAGGCAGCUGUGAGGCUGAGCAGGCGGCCUCUCCAUCCCAAUACCCCCUUCCGCAAUGCCCCCUUUUGUCAUUUCAGAGCUGACCCAGGAAACCCCAACACUGGAGGCGCAGACCCACAUCACCCUCUCCACGCAUGGGCGGGCGGACGCACCCCGCAGCCCCCCGGCUGAGGAGGAAGGAGGGGCCCCGGUCCCCACGGCAGGGCUGCUGCAGGUUGCAGAGCGUCGGCAACCCCUGAGCAGCGUUUCCUCUCUCGAGGUGCACUUCGACCUCCUAGACUUCACGGAGCUGACAGAUGUGUCUGACCAAGAGCUGGCCGAGGUCUUUGCUGAUUCCGAUGAGGAGAAUGCAGCCCAAGAGCCCCCAGCUGGACCACAUCCCCACUCGACCCCCAGAGCCGGCUACCUUCGCUCCCCCUCCUGGACAAGGACAAAAGCUGAAGCGGGGCGGGAGAAGAAGCACCUCGGCGAUUCCAAGCUCCGAGCUGAGGCUUUCCUGGCUGUGGAAAAGCCAAAAGAGGAAUAAGUGGGGGGAGGGCAGGAGCCCCACCCAGGUGCCAAUCUUCACUCUUGCACUGUCCGUCAUUUGGGACCUUAAGGCACCUGUUCAUUCCUCCUGCACAACUGGGACCUUUUCAAGCUGCACCUUGUGCCAAGAGCCCCCCUUCCUCCUUGCCCACCACUGACUUUGCCCAUCUCCUUUCAGACCCCAGCAGACACCCCCCACCGCUGGGCUUCCCAUGUCCUGCAGGCACUUUGAACCUUCCACUGCUCCUUUGGUUGAGAAGGUAGUCUGAGUGGGGGGUGCUCUCCCAACCUUAUUUGGGGAGGCUGGGGGUGAGAGCUGCCGAAGCCCGAAGGAGGGCGACUUCAGCCGUGUGCCUUGAGUGCUGCUGGGCUGAGCCAGGAAGCUCCUCUGCCAAGGCAAGCAACUCAUUAUACCAAAGGAACUGAGGGGCGAACACAGCACCAUCUCGGGGGCACUGAAGCCACGAGAAUCCUGGAACUUUGCUCCGCUCCAAGCACACGUCGUCUCCAAUGGCCUUAACUCUUGCCCAUUGCUCCACAGCUUUGUGCAAAGUGCACAGCACCAACGCAACUGGCCCCAACUUCAGCUGGGCUCUAGGAUAUCUCCCUGGAGCCGAUGCCCACCUAUGUCGCAGCAGAGUGCCUUCCUCAGCCGAAAAACUUUUCUCGAGAGGCAGCUGGCCAGGGGUGUGGCGUGGCAGGGCUGGCAAGGCCCAGACGGCUGCUGUAGUUGCUCACCAACCUCCCAGGGGAUCAAGAGAGCUGAGCCAAGCAAGGAGAAGCGACGGGCGUGAAGCAGGAUCCCAGGUGCUUCCAGAGCCCCCACCUGUGACCAGACCCUUUGAGAGGAAGAGUGAGAGUGGUUCAGGCUUCUGGGGGACAGCAGAGACCUUCUUCCCCCAUCUCCCCCUAUCAGGAGGGCCUCCAUGGAGCUGGAGGGGAGCCAGCCUGCAAGGCUCCCUUGAGUUUGCCUUCUCCCUUCAGUCACUGAUCCUCCAAGGCACCCGUUAGUUCAGCCUUCACCAGUUUGGAGUUCUUCAUGACCUUCCCACCUUUCUCGGUAAGAAGAGUGGGACGGGGGGUGGGGGGCUACGGGGGCAGACUCCGAGCACAGUGUCCCUCCCCGCCCUCUGGAUGCACCUUUUGCCUGCCUGACUCAGGACAGGGCAAGAGUUUGCAUUGCUAACUCAAGUCAUUCACUUCAGCCGAGAAAACACCAUAUAAUCUGAUGCCGGUUGCUAUUAAACCCCGCCUGCCAGGGAGCUCAGCUUUAGGGGGAGGUGGCUGUUCUUGGCACUAUCAGCAAGGGGCCUGGCUGGUGCUCUGCCACCCUCUCCUGCCCUGUUUUUGCAGCUCUUGCCCAGCCUUCCCCGGACUGUUGGACCAGGAUGGGCUGCCCAGCCGGCACCCCUGGCCUUGUUCAUUCAGUCAGUCUGCGGUCUCUUCUUCAGCAGCAACCAGCCCAGGAGAAGGUGCCUCUAUUAGAGCAGCAGAGGCACAAGGGACAGGCAGCCACCCGAAGCUGCCAGAGACAGGAGACAUCCUCGCUGUGGCCAGCCAAGAUGCCUGCCACGCUUCCCUUUGCUUUUCCUUGCUGCAGCUGCUCUCCGGGGCCAAGAACGGGGAGAGGCUCUGCGGAUGAGGCCUCCCACUUCAGGGUCACUUGGGCUUGGAGAGACCCAUCUGGCUGACUUGGAGAUCAGCUCCCAAGGCCACCCGUGUUACAUCCAACAUGAAAACCAAACCCCAGGAAGGCAGCUCAGACUUGUUCUCGGUGGGGCUUUUUUGCAAACCAGAAAAAUAAAAAUUCCCCUGGUUGGUAGCAAGAAUGGCUUCAGCUCUCCAUAUCCUUUAGGGCCACCCAGAGGCACUGAAGCAAACUUUUUCAAUGCAAACGUCAUAAGGGGGCGUGGGGAGAGGCCACUCCUAGGCAACAAUUUCAUCUGGAUUCCUGGAUAGACAUGUAGGCAGGGAUCCCCCUGGCACAAAAGGGGGGCAACAGGGAUGGGCCAAGCAGAAGUCCUGGUCCAAAGCCCAUCAGCAACCCUCAACCCCCCUCCCCCCAGCCCAGUCCUAUGCAGGUCCAAGUUUGGAGCGGCCACCUCCUCCCUUAAGCAGCACAACAGCCCCCGUUGCCCUUGCAGGCCCUGCUGAAUCUUGGCCACAUCCUGGCUGCAUCGGGGAUGGACGCCCCAGUCUUCUUGACAUUCCAGGCUGCAUGUUGGGGUCAAGCACAGAUACGCCAAGUACCAAUUGUUGGCUUUUCCUCAGCUAGACAGUGUCAGCCUCUUGUGCAGCAAACCCCUUACAAGAUGAUACAGCUACCCUCGCCUGAUUACGUACAGCUGCGCAAUAAAAGAGAGAUGCUUGCUGUUGGCCUAAUGGUUAGGGCACCAAGGAAGCAAGGCCCAACGCACAAGGAAAGGGGUGCACAUUUGCAUUCUAAACACCAAGGAGCACUUUCUUGGGCCCCAGCAUCAAGGAAAGAAUGGCUAAACUCUCAGGAGGAAAGCAAGAUCUUCACAAGGGCAGCCAACUCCAGUUUUUUGCAAAGCAAGGUCCGCCUGGGAUCUCACCAAUACUCCACCCAACCAGUCUGGUGUCCUCAGUACUUGGAACCUCCAUCUUUGUUGUGUUUCUUCCGUGCUCUGCGUUCCCCCUAUUUUACCCCCCACCCCUUUGGAUUCAAUUCUGCCCGUACUUGUACAGCACCCCUCUGCUACCUCCGAUGUUCUGGUAAUUAAAGUUGUUUCAAAUGGUCUCUGUAGGGUUUUUG